AUGGGUGGUUCUCUGUCGGGGCUCCCGGGUUCAGCUUCAGUCUUCACCCCUCCCAGCAUUUCUUGGCCUGUGCUCAUAUACCUAAGGAAGAACGUUAAGAAAAGAAAAUAUAGUGAGGAUUUUUUACAGUAUGGUUUUACCUCAAUAAUUACAGCAGGAAUUGAGAAACCGCAAUGUGUUAUUUGUUGUGAAGUUCUAUCAGCCGAAUCUACGAAGCCAAACAAACUAAAACGCCAUUUUGAUAGCAAGCAUUCGAGCUUUGCCGGCAAGGAUACUAACUAUUUUAGAAGCAAAGCUGAUGGACUCAAGAAAGCCAGACUUGAUACUGGUGGCAAGUACCACAAACAAAAUGUAGCAGCCGUUGAAGCUUCAUAUUUGGUGGCACCCAGAAUGGCCAGAGCUAUGAAACCUCACAACUUUGCUGAGGAUUUAAUGUUGCCAGCGGCCAAAGACAUUGUUCGAGUUAUGAUCGGAGACAAAUUUCUUAUGAAAUUGAGUGCAAUUUCCUUAUCUAACGACACUGUCCGCAGACGAAUAGAUGACAUGUCUGCUGAUAUUAUUGAUCAGGUAAUCCAGGAAAUUAAAUCUUCUCCACUUCCAAUAUUUAGUAUCCAGCUUGAUGAAUCUACAGACGUUGCAAACUGUUCACAGUUACUGGUUUACAUGAGGUAUAUUAAUGAUGGCGACUUUAAAGAUGAGUUUCUUUUUUGCAAACCUCUUGAAAUAACAACUACUGCAUGUGAUGUAUUUGACGCAGUUUGUUCGUUUCUGAAAGAGCAUAAGAUCUCUUGGGAAAAGGUUUGUGGUGUUUGCACAGAUGGUGCUCCAGCUAUGCUAGGAUGUCGAUCUGGAUUUCAACGUUUGAUACUGAAUGAGUCACCAAAAGUCAUGGGAACUCACUGUAUGAUUCAUCAGCAAAUGUUAGCAAUGAAGACACUGCCACAAGAGUUACAAGAAGUAAUGAAAAGCGUCAUAAGUUGUGUCAAUUUUGUAAAGGCGAGCACUUUAAACAGUCAACUGUUUUCGCAACUGUGCAAUGAGUUGGAUGCGCCGAACAAUGCUCUGCUAUUUCACCCUGAAGCGAGAUGGUUGUCGAGAGAAAAAAAUUUAAAACAUGUUUUUGAGCUUCGUGAUGAACUCAAAACAACUGAUUUCUCUACAAUGCCAGUUACAAAAUUCUGGAUCAAGUGUUUGCAGUCAUAUCCUGUUCUGUCUGAGACUGUGUUGCGCCUUCUUCUUCCAUUUCCAACAACAUAUCUUUGUGAAACAGGGUUUUCCAGCUUGUUGGUUAUCAAGUCUAAAUACAGAAGUAGACUUGUUGUGGAAGAUGAUCUUCAUUGUGCUCUUGCAAAGACUGCCCCGAGAAUUUCUGAUCUGAUGCGAAAGAAGCAAUCUCAACCUUCGCACUGA